AUGACACACCUAGUCAUUCCUACGCUCCACAUUAGCCCAGCCCCGUCAUGCAAGUUCUCGAAUAAACAUCCGAUACCGAAGAAAGGCGGAAGUAAACAGAUUAGAAACUCUGCGGUCCAGCCACUAUCGCGGGCCCUCAAGAGCGUUGGGGAUAUUGUUCUCUCUAUCAAAGAUGGAUUGACCGAGGCGGAGCGCGAGGAGAGGAGGUUGCUGGAAGAACGCAAACAGAUCCUCGCUGCCAGAUUGCACAAUGCCGAGACGCACACGCAGUGGGAGGCGGCGGCGCAUGAGCUGGAUAUAAUCGAAGGAAACGAGCAGUGGAAGGCCGAAAUAUCCACCGGUGAUUACAACCCCGAUCUGAUCGAGUCGCGAUUGGAAGCCCUGGAUAAGGCCCGAGGCAAAUCCGACCUACGCGCCAUGAUGCAUCUUGUGCGGACCGCCUUGUCGAGAGAUUUGGGUGGGAUGGGCAACAUUGAUCUAUACCGGCAUUCGCAUUGCGGUACGAAGAAGUUGAUUGAGCAAUAUGUGGAUUCAACGCUGAAGACCAUCACUGCCAUGGUGGACCUGAGCUCUCGGCCCCUGCCCCAAGAUCUGGAGCCCAAGGAUCUGCUCGAUGCGGUGCUGUUUGCACGCCAGAGCUUCGGACGGAGUGCGCUUUUGCUGAGCGGUGGAGGCACAUUUGGCAUGACCCACAUUGGCGUUAUGAAGGCAUUGUUUGAGGUUAAACUGCUGCCGCGCAUCAUCUCGGGAUCAUCGGCCGGCUCCAUUAUCUGCUCCAUCAUCUGCACGAGGACCGAUGAUGAGGUUCCACAGUUGUUGGCCGAGUUUCCCUAUGGCGACUUGGCCGUCUUCGAAGAGGAAGGAAAUGAGGAUGGUAUUCUGGAUCACUUGCGCAGGCUUCUCACCGAAGGCAACUGGUCCGACAUCAAACACUUAACUCGCGUGAUGCGGAAUCUCCUUGGCGACAUGACGUUCCAGGAAGCCUACAAUCGCACUCGAAGGAUUUGCAACAUUUGUGUAUCGUCAGCAUCCAUCUACGAGCUCCCACGGCUGCUCAAUUAUGUCACGGCACCGAACGUCAUGAUUUGGUCGGCCGUCGCAGCGUCUUGUUCGGUGCCCCUCGUAUUCAGUGCGGCUCCGUUGCUGGUGAAGGAUCCACUCACGGGCGAGCAUAAUCCAUGGAACCCGACGCCUCAGAUGUGGAUUGAUGGCUCCGUCGACAACGAUCUUCCCAUGACGAGGCUUGCCGAGAUGUUCAACGUCAACCACUUUAUUGUGUCCCAAGUUAACCCGCAUGUGGUUCCUUUCCUAGCCAAGGACGACACGCCAGGCCCGAAUCCGAGCACCCGCCCGUCGACGUCCAAGGAUGACACCGAUUGGAUGUACACCAUGACGCAACUUGCGAAGAGCGAAGCCCUUCAUCGCAUGCAGUUCCUGGCCGAGAUUGGCUUCUUCCCCAACCUGGUCGGCAAGUUGCGUUCGAUUCUGAGCCAGAAGUACUCGGGCGACAUCAACAUUCUUCCAGCAAUAGGAGUGAUGGACUUCCCCAAGAUUUUGAGGAACCCGACAACCGAAUUCAUGUUGCGCUCGUGUCUGCUUGGCGAACGCGCAACCUGGCCCAAACUGUCACGCAUUCGUGAUCGAUGCGCCAUUGAACUAGCCUUGGACCGCGCGGUGCAUUCUCUGCGAGCUCGAGUGGUGUUUAGUAAAAGCCAAGUCGACCUUCGACGCAUGGCAGCUGGAAACUUCAAGUCUGCUUUCUUCCGGGGCAGUCAUGAGCCGCUGAACGCCAUGGGCUCCCAGGCUCAGACCCUGAGCAUGUCCCCGAAAGAGAAGAACAAGCAUCGCCAGAGGCGAUCCAGUGUUACUCAUUUUCAAUUCAUGCCACAUCACCAGAGGCUGGUCGAUGAACCAUACAAGGUGACCGACGACGAUACAGACGAAGAGGAACGACUGGAGGUCAAGGGUCGA